AUGAAAAAUUUACAAUCUCUUGAUUUUUCCACUACGACAAAUGAAUUGAGCUAUAAUCACAAUUACAUUGUAACAAACGGUUUAAAAGCAAUUGCUGAAUUGAAACAAUUAAAAAAGAUCAACUUUCAUAGAAAUCAAAUUGGACAGAAUGGAUUACAAACUAUCAGUCAAUUUAAUCAAUUGUUAUGUCUUGAUAUUAGUUGUAAUGGAAUUGGAAUAGAGGGAGCAAAGGCAGUGAGCGAAUUGAACCAAUUGAAAGAACUUGAUAUAACUGCGAAUGAUAUUGGAGAUAUAGGAGCUAAAUAUAUUAGUCAAAUGAAAGAAUUAACCAAACUUUAUGUGAGAUAUAACGAUAUCAACUCACAGGGUGCAAGUUCUAUAGGCGAAUUGCAUCAAUUGACAAAGCUUAAUAUUAGUUACAAUAAUAUUGGUGAUGAAGGAAUGAAAGUAAUAAGUGGAAUGAAACAUUUAACAAAAUUGAGUGUUCAUAAUAAUCAUAUUAAUGUGGGAAGUUCCCAAUUUAUUUCUCAAAUGAAACAAUUAACAAACCUCUCUAUUAGUGAAAAUCAUAUAGGCAUUGAGGGAGUCGAGACCAUCAGUCAAUUGUCUCAAUUAACAAGACUCAAAAUUAGUAGCAAUCAAAUUGGUGCUAGAGGAGCUAUUUUGAUCAGCAAACUUGAUAAAUUAACCAAGCUUUCAAUUGGAAGCAAUCGAAUCAAUGAUGAAGGACUAAAAUCACUAUGUAGAUUGAAACAUUUAACAAAACUCAAGGCUGAUUUCAAUCAAAUCGGCAACGAGGGUGUAAAAUCGAUAAUCCAAUUGAAACAAUUAACAUUUCUUGACAUUGGUGGAAACAAUAUUAGUCACAAAGGAGCUCAAUUUAUCAAUCAACUAAAACAAUUAAGAACCCUUUACAUUAGUGAAAAUCAAAUUGGAAAUAAGGGUGCAAAAUUAAUCAGUGAAUUGACACAAUUACGAAUCCUCCACAUUAGAAAGAAUGAGUUGAGUGAUGAAGGAGUUAAAUCCAUUCUUUUAAUGAAACAAUUAACAGAACUAGACUUGCGGGAAAAUUAUGAUAUUACAGUAAGAAUGGAGAAUCAGCUUUCCACAUUAAAAUCAUUGAAAAUAACACUCUAG